UCGUUUUAAUCAGCGAUAAGAUGUCCCCAAUUCACAUUUCGGUAGUAUAAUUAUUAAAACAUUCAUUUGUGUUUCAUAGGUCAAAGAUAAAAUGAUCAAGUUUUGCGUGUUAAUGAACAUUCUGACCUUAAUAUGGGCUGAACCACGUGUGAUAGAUCCUCCUCUGCGAGUAGAUCUUCAACCGCCAGAAGAGUUUCGAUCUCUAUCAUCAAGACAUGUUAAGACAGCUUGGAUUAAUAUGCCCAUUGAUCAUUUUGAUCCACAAAACAAGGAUACAUAUCGAAUGCGAUUUAUGUUUAACGAUGAAUUCUUCGGUGGAGAGGGUUACCCAAUAUUUAUACUAGUAGGCGGUGAAUGGGAUAUAGUACCAGGUUGGUUGCAAGGUGGAAACAUGUACCUUAUGGCUGAGGAGAACAAAGGGUACCAGAUAUACACUGAACAUAGGUUUUACGGAGAGAGUCUGCCCUACAAAAACUUCACUACAGAGAAUCUUCGUUUUUUAAACGUAGAUCAGGCAUUAGCCGAUCUCGCAUACUUUAUAAAAGAAAUUAAGAAAGGGCCACGGUUUGCUAACAGCAAAGUGAUAUUAUACGGAGGUUCGUACGCUGGCAACAUGGUUUUGUGGUUUAAACAAAGGUACCCACACUUAGUUGUUGGUGGCGUUGCCUCGAGUGGACCAAUUAUGGGAAAAGUAGAUUUUACAGGAUAUUUGGAGGUAGUGCACGAUGCAUUUUUAUCGGAAGGCGGAGAAGAGUGUACGUCUAUUAUAAAUCAAGGAAUAAAGGAUACUAUCGCCGCCUUAGCCACAGAAUCUGGUCGACUGUCCAUACAACGUGCCUAUAAACUAUGCGCUCCUUUGGUCCAUACGAACGAGUAUGAUCUUGGCUUCUUUUCGGGACUCAUCAGUUGGACCUUCUCCACGUCAGUGCAACAGGCGCGGCCUAGUACUCUCACCGCUAUAUGCCGUAACUUUGAAUCUAACAGUUAUGGCUCGACCCCGAUGGAACAGAUUGGUGGAUACAUAGCUGCAACUCGAAAUCUUGGCAACGAUUGCUGGCAGAUUGACUACGAGACAUAUGUUGAAAGAUAUCGCAAUGAAAAUUCCAAUUCUCGCGCGUGGUAUUACCAAACGUGCACCGAGUACGGCUACUACCAGACAGCCCCGCGCUCUGGGACUGUGUUUGAUCAACUCAGGUGGCUUAGCGUGCGUUUUUAUGUUGAUCUAUGCCAGCAAGCAUUCGACCAAAGAUUUGACGAAGCGUUCGUAUAUGAUGCGGUGGAACGAGUGAAUCUGGUGUUCGGCGGCCUGCAGCCUGACGUCAACAACACUAUCAACAUCCACGGCACCGUCGAUCCGUGGCACGCGCUCGGCGUGCAUGACCGCGACCUCAAAGAAGGAUCGCCUACCAUCACCGUGCCCCGAGCAUCUCAUUGUUUUGACAUGGGCAAUUGGCGGAUCACUGACACGAUUAGAAUGACCAACGCACAACAAGCAGCCAGAAGACUUGUGGCUCAGUGGCUUUCGGAAACUGUUUAAAAUAGAGAUAU